GGUGUGGCUCCGCGCUGCCCCGUCCUCUUUCUCCCCGGUGGCGGGCUGGCCGGACGGGCUCUGGUGAGGCCCGGGGAGGGCGUGGGCAGCGGCGGUGGCGGGGAGUGAGGCCCGGGCGUGCCCUUCGUGUGCAUCCCGCUCGUUCCCCGCUCGCUCGCUGCCCCCGGCGCUUCUCAGAGGCUCGGGCCCAACGGUCCUCGGUCCCGGCCGGGGCCAUUUCGCAUAGAUGUGCCUUGUGCUCCCCCCUUGCUGCCUCCAACGCCUGUAAGGUCAUCUCAGGCCUUUCCAGAAGGAAAAGGAUUUCCGCCAUUGGAGUCCAGUUUGGCCACCCAUCGCCCCACGGACCUGACUUUCCUGGCGCUUACUGGAAUCUAGAUCCUGCAGAUUAAAGAGAAUGAAUAUUGUCAUUUUCUGCUUUGAUGCUUAAGCUUCCCUGAUGUUUCCUUGGAGUCACCGAAGAAUUUGAUUGCACGUUUUGCCAUCAGACUCAAAGGAUGGACAUUACCAGUUUGUACUGUGGAAGUCUGCUUCCUGGGGACCAAGUCUGCAGUCAAGGAGAAGAAACAGAGGUAGGAAGUACACUGCUCGAUUGCCUGAAAACCUGUAACAAGGAUUUGGUGACCUUUCAGGAUGAGGCUGUAGAUUUCAUUCAAGAGGAGUGGACUACAAAGGAUCCAGCUCACAACAGCGUACCUGGUGAUGUAACAGUGGAGGACUAUACAAGCCUGGCCUCUGUAGAAGGGGAAAAACAACUACACACCAAAGAUUUGGCACUAGAGCAGGAGUUUUUGACAAGACAUAGCUUCAUGGAGACACAGAAAGUGGAUGCAGUAACCUUUGAAGAUGUGACUGUGGACUUUACCCAGGAAGAGUGGACCUCAUUGGAUCCAGUUCAGAGAAACCUCUACAGAGAUGUGAUGCUAGAGAACUACCAGAACCUGGCCACAGUCGGAGGUCAGUUGUUUAAACCUAGCCUGAUCUCUUGGUUGGAGCAGAAAGUAGAGUUGACAGUAACAGAGCAAGAAAUUCUCCAAGAAUGGGAAAUGCACCUUAAGACCAAGGGGCCAGCAAAUGGAACGCAACUGGGAAGAAAAUACAAUGGAGGGAUGCGUGGUGAUUCUAUACAAGUUGGAACAGUUAUUAGUGAAGAGUCAUGCCCUCAGACUCACAUUAGUACUCCAAAUACAGAGAACACUUCAGAGUGUAAUUUGUGUGGAAAAGACUUCCUGCCAUCACUUAAAGAGACUUCUGCUGAAGAGAACGUUUUCCAGUUGAACCAGUGUGUAAAGCCUUUCUCUUUGACUUCAGAUGUUUCUCAGAAAAUGUCCACUCUGGAAAAAUCCUUUGAAUGCAGUGACUGUGGGAAAAUUUUUGUUAAUCAGUUAGAACUUCAGGAACAUAGUUCUUCUCAUAGUGAAAAGGAUCUCCACAAAUCAGAGCAGUGUGAGCAAGCUUUUACUCAUCCUACAAGCCGUGAUGAGCAUGUUGUAAUUCCCACUGAAAAAAAAUACUAUGAAUGUAAGAAAUGUGAAAAAAUCUUUACACAUCCUAUCUACCUUAAUAUCCACAUGCAAAGCCACACCGUGGAGAAACCCUAUGACUGUAAGGAAUGUGGGAAAGCCUUCACCGAGCGCUCAAGCUUAAUUGUACACCUACGACAACACACUCGAGAGAAGUCUUAUGAGUGCAAGGAAUGUGGGAAAACCUUUAUUCAACCCUCACGCCUUACAGAACAUAUGAGAAGUCAUACAGGAGAGAAACCGUAUCAGUGUGACCAGUGUGGGAAUGCCUUUGCAUCUUCUUCUUACCUUACUACACAUUUGAGAACUCAUACCGGAGAGAAGCCCUUUGAGUGUAACAUAUGUGGGAAGGCUUUUACACGUUCCUCUUACCUGCUAGGUCACAUACGAACUCACACAGGAGAAAAACCCUAUGAAUGUAAAGUAUGUGGGAAAGCGUUCAGUGGCCGUUCUUGGCUUACGAUACACUUACGAAAACAUACUGGAGAGAGGCCCUAUCCAUGUACAGAAUGUGAGAAAGCCUUUACCAGCUUUGCUCAACUAACUGAACAUAUAAAAACUCACACUGGUGAGAAACCCUUUCGGUGUAAGGUAUGUGCAAGGACCUUUAGAAAUUCCUCAUGCCUUAAGACCCACUUUCGAAUUCACACUGGAAUAAAACCAUACAAAUGUAAUUUCUGUGGGAAAGACUUCACUGCACGUUCAGGCCUUACUAAGCAUGUGUUAAUUCACAAUGGUGAGAAGCCCUAUGAGUGUAAGGAAUGUGGGAAAGCCUUCAGUACAUCCUCUGGCCUGGUUGAACAUAUAAGAAUUCAUACAGGAGAGAAGCCUUUUGAAUGCUAUCAGUGUGGGAAAGCCUUGGCUCAUUCCUCAUCUCUUGUUGGACAUUUAAGAACUCAUACUGGAGAAAAACCCUUCGAGUGUAAUCAGUGUGACAAAACAUUUACACGAUCUUCUUAUCUUCGUAUUCAUAUGCGAACUCACACCGGAGAGAAACCAUAUGAAUGUAAAGAGUGUGGGAAGACUUUCCCUGAGCGCUCAUGCCUUACUAAACACAUAAGAACACAUACUGGUGAAAGGCCCUAUGAAUGUAAGGAAUGUGGGAAAGGCUUUAUUAGUUUUGCUCAACUUACUGUACACAUAAAAACUCACAGUUCCGAGAGACCUUUUCAGUGUAAGGUGUGCACAAAAUCCUUUAGAAACUCCUCAUCCCUUGAGACCCACUUUCGAAUUCACACUGGCAUAAAACCCUAUAAAUGCACUUACUGUGGGAAAGACUUCACUGCUCGUUCAGGCCUUACUAUACAUUUACGAAAUCAUACUGGGGAGAAGUCCUAUGCAUGCCAGGAAUGCGGAAAAGCCUUUAGCACUUCCUCAGGCCUUAUUGCACAUAUACGAAGUCACAAAGGAGAGAAACCCUUUGAAUGUGACCACUGUGGGAAAGCCUUUGCUUCUUCCUCGUAUCUUAAUGUGCAUUUGAAAAUUCACACUGGAGAGAAGCCCUUUCAGUGUACCGUAUGUGGGAAGACAUUUACAUGUUCUUCUUACCUUCCCGUUCACAUGCGAACUCAUACUGGAGAAAAGCCUUUUCAGUGUAUAAUAUGUGGAAAGUCAUUUUUAUGGUCCUCAUAUCUUCGAGUUCACAUGCGAAUUCACACUGGAGAGAAACCCUAUGUAUGUCAGUACUGUGGGAAAGCCUUCACCGAGCACUCAGGCCUUAAUAAACAUUUACGGAAACACACAGGAGAGAAACCAUAUGAAUAUAAGGAGUGUAGGGAAGCCUUCACUACUUCUGCUGAUGCUAAAGAACGUGAAAAUCCGCACUGGGGGGAAAACCUUUGAAUGUAAGGAAUUCAGAAAGUUAUUCUGGAAGCCCUUGAUCCAUCCUUUGCAAUCAGAAUUCAGUCUAUACAAGUCUUAUUAAUAAGCAGUGUAUAAAAGCAUUCAGUUGUCACUACUGUAAAAACAACUCCCUCAGAGGAUGCUCUGAGUUUAAGGAUCAUGGGAGAGAUCAAAAUCUCACAGUAUGUGAACUCAAUCAAGGUUUGUAGUAUAGGAAAUGAAAACCCUUUGUGUUUCCAUAUGUGUUGAUGCAAGACAUAAAGAAAUGUCAUAGAUCUUAAGUUUCUCUGUUCACUUGUGAUCUCACAAUUGAGAAAAAUCUUAAGUGUGGGAAGUAACUUUUAUGUAAGACUUUAUGUGUUUACAGACUGAACAGAAACUUUGUAUGCGUAAUAGUGGAUUUUCUUCAAUGUCUUGAAGCUUGAAGUUUUGGAUGGCAACACAUGGAUUUCCUGGGUGCUUCUAGAUGAACUUUUAAUAUUUCUAUAUUUGUGUAUUUUUAUGACUUCAAUUAUAAAUUUCUAAAUUUCGUUAUAGGUUUUCCUUUUUAAAAUAUUCCUGUUUGAUAUAAUUGAAAACUGUUGUUUGUAUCUAGUGUCUAGCAAACACCCCGUGUCGGCAGUUGUGAACUAAUUGGAACACAAACUUCCAUCUACUUGCUGCUGUUAUUUGUUGUGCCAUGCACCUCGUCUGCACUGUCUGCUCUCCUCCCCUUGGACUCUUUUUAGAGUCAGUCUCACUUUGUGACCUAGACUAAUAUGAAAAUCAUGUAGCCUAGACUGCUCUUGAGCUCAUGGCAGUCCUGGCUCAGUCUCCUGAGUGCUGAGGUUGCAGGCAUGAGGCAUAAUACCUGGGUUUUUCCACUGUUUUAAGUAUAUGCUUUACUAGCACUGAAAUCACCAUGUUUUUUCAUAGUGUUCAAAUACUUACAUAAGUAGGUUUGUAUCUGACCAGUACAACCCCUUUCUUUGAGUUCCCAGUCUCUCUCUGGUAGUAAUUAUCCCAUUCUCUGAGUGGAGUUCAGCUUUUCUUUAGACUCUACUUGUUAUAUCACGUAGUAUCUGUAUUAACUAUACCUAGGACUUUUUAUUUUUUGUGGCAGGGUCUUAACUUUGUAGCUCAAACUGACACCAAACUCUCUACCUUUCUGCCUCAGACUUUAGUGCUGGAGUUUCAGGCAUGUGCCACCAUGCCUAGCUGUUUAUAUGGCUUCUGUCAGUUUACAUGUUCUCAAGGAAGAGCUGUAGUAUAGUCAGUUAUUUUGUUUUAAGACAUUUAAUUAUCUUUUGGUAUGUCUGUGUAUACUUAGUUGCCAUAUCUUGACUGUUGGGAGUAUUCCUGCAUUGAAUAUGAGUAUAGCUGCCUCUUUAAAUUAGUGAUCUUAUGUCCUCAGAUACAGUCUCCAAAUUGGGUUUGUUAUAGUAAUAAUAGAUGUACUUUUAAUUCAGUAUGUCUGUAUUAUUAUUCUGUAAUGACUAUCAAUUUAUGUUCCCAAUGAUGUUUUAUUGCCUAUAUUUUUACUUUCUUCUUUCUGAGGGCCAUUUUAAAAUGUAAGAUGGUAUCGUCAUAGUUUUCAUUUACAGUUUUCUAAUCUGUAAGCCAUUUGUGUGUCUUUGCUAAAAUAAUAAUUUCGGUUAUCAAUUUUUAAAUCAAUGUAUGUGUUUGGUGUGGUUUGAGACAUAGACCGACUGUAAUAUACGUAGUUUGCAGAUACUUUUCUAUUGGUGUACAUGCCUUUUCAGAUUUGUUUUCUGCUCUGCUUUGCAAAAUCUUCACUUUGAUGUUAUCCUAAUUCUUUAUAUUUGCUUUUUAUGCCUGUGCUUUUCAUGUCAGCUUCAAAAUUCUUUGCUGGUGUGUCAGGAAGCAUUCUUUUUGGAGUUGUGUUACAGUUUUAGAUUUUAUUUUCAGGGUUUUGUUUAUUGAAGAUGAUCUCACUAUGUAAUCUAAAGUAGCUAGGAACUCACUGUCUAGACCAGGGUGGCCUUAAACUUGUAGCAAUAUGUCUUCCCUAGGCCUCCUGUCAGCUUGCCCAACUAAACUAUAUUACUUUUGCUAUUAUUUAAUUUUCUUUGUUUUUUCCUUGACGCUGAGUUUACACACACACACACACACACACACACACACACACACACACACACACACACACACACAGAGUUAAUGGUGCACUUAUUUUGUUUGGAUAUUCAUUUUGUCAGUUUGUUUAGCAAUCCUUUUUAUUUUAUGAUAAUUUUGUUGAAAAUUUGGUUUUAAGCAUCUGUGUUUUGGUGCUAAGAAUGCUAGGCAUGUGCUCUACCCUCAAACUAUAGUUCUAAACUCAUUGUUGAAAUUACUUUGACUGUAUAAGGGCUUUGUUUUGUCUUUUUUACCCUCCUCUGUGUAGCUUUCAAUCUCCUGGAACUCAUUCUAUUACAGACUGUCUUUGAACUCACAGAGAUUCCCACUGCCUCUGUUUUGGGAUUAAAGGCAUGCACCAUCACUGCUGGGUUUGAGUAAGAUUUUUUUGUUGUAAUUCUUUUUGUUUUGUUUUUGAGAGAUAGUCUCUCGUGUAGCUCUGGUUGGCCUGAAACCUGCUAAGUAGACCAUGUUAGUCUCAAACUCUCAGAGAGCCACCUGUCUCUCUGCCUUCCAGAGUGCUGAGAUUAAAGUUUAUAUCUUAAACUAUUUUGCUAUGUUGUCUGUAUCAAUACUGUACUGUUUGAUUACUGUUUGAUUUUUUUUAAUCCCUUGAGACAAAGUCUUAUGGAGCUUAGACUGGCUUCAAAAUUAACUAAAUGGUCAAGAAUGACUUUCGACUUCUGAUCUUGCCUCUACUUCCCCAGUGGUAGGAUUACAGGCAUGCACCACUACACUCAUUGUUGGUUUUUGUUUUUUGGUUCAGUGCUUGGGACUUCAUGCAUGCUAAGUGAACAUUCUUACCAACUGAGCUUCAUCUCCACCCCUGUAAUACCUUGCUAAACUUAAAAUUUUUGUUUUUAUUUAAGUGUUUGAGCUAAAUUGAAAGGUUUUGAUUUCUUAUGACUUGGGAAGUUUUUCAUAAGCCUGUGAAAAAUGUUGGAAUUGUUAAUGUGAUGGCAAUAACUCUACAAAGCACUUUGGGUAGGACUGGCAUUUUAACAGUGGUAAUUCUUUCAGUGUGCAUGGGAUACCUUACCCUUUUUUUUGUUUUUUUAAAGACAGGGUUUCUCUGUAUUGUUUUGGAGGCUUUCCUGGAACUCGCUCUGUAGACCAGGCUGGCCUCAAACUCAAAGAGAUCCGCCUGCCUCUGCUUCCUGAGUGCAGGGAUUAAAGGCAUGCGCCACCAAUCCCCGACAUUUUUUUUAUAGUUUUGUCCAUAGUGGUUUAGAUUUUUUCCCUGUGUAACUUUAUUCUCUAUCAUUUUAUGCAGUUUUUUUUAAGAUUUAUUUAUUUAUUACAUAUACACCAGAUUGAAUUGUAGAUGGUUGUGAGCCACCAUGUGGUUGCUGGGAAUUGAACUCAAGACCUCUGGAAGAGCAGUCAGUGCUCUUAACCUCUGAGCCAUCUCUCCAGCCCCAUUUUAUGCAGUUUUAUAGGUGGCAUAAUACUUUUGCUUUUUAAAUUUGUAGUGUGUAAAGACUGCUUUGUUGAUUUGAAAAAUCAUUGAGCUUUUAUGAUUUUCUUAAAUUUUUUUCACAGAAUAAUUUUCUAUAUUGACACCCUGUCACCUGAAACAAGUUUCUUUCCUUGGGUGACUUUUUUCUUUUCUUAUCCUAAUUGUUCCCGUUAGUCUUUCCCCAGUAUUUUCUGAAUAGAAGAAGGGCAGGUAGGUAUGCCAGUCCUUGAAAAGUUUGAGCUUUGUAACCCUGAAUGACAUCUAUAUUUGUUCUUCAUGUGCUGCCUUUAUAAUUAAGCACAUUUCUAAUUUAUUGACUGUUGUUACCAUCAGUUGAUAUCCUAUGUUGUUGCAUGUUUCUGUACGUUUUCUGCAAUAUGGUAUUUUGUUCAUUGUGUCUAUUCAGUGCAUCACAUUUAGUUAUUUGCAUAAAUCAUCUUUGAAUCCCACUGAUAAACUCAUUCUUGAUCACAGUUUGUGUGGUCCUUUUAAAGGUUGCUUUGUGAAGUGACCAGGAGAUUGAAUUUUCUUAAUAGUAAGUUUUUCAUUAUUUGUUUCUGAGACAGAGUCUUGCUGUGUAGUUCAAGUUUGACCUUGAAUACACUGUGUAGCACAAACUGACCUCAAACUAAUGAUCUUUGUCCAUUAAUCUCUCACGUAUUAUGGUUUCAGUAAUGGCCCACUGUGCCUGGCUGAUAAUGUUUAGAAAGACUUCUUUGUGCUUCCAAUAAGUGACUUAUUUGUUAGGGCAUAAAUAGACUAUAAGAUUGUUUCUCCAUUGUAAGGGUGUCAUGGUUGUAAAGAUAUCAUUCCAGAAAUAGAACACCUAAAUAUGGAAGGCAAAUAUUAGAAUAUAUGUAGAGAGAAAUAACAUUAUAAUGAGAGUGUAAAGCUGCUUUAGUACUCUUUUCAAUGCUGAACUGAUUUUGAGUCUUAAAAUCACCAAGGAAACUGUACUUGAAGUAGCCUUGAGACCAAGUGGAUUUAAUAGAUCUAUACAUAACAUUCUUAGAGCCAGAGAAUACUUUGUGUUUAAUUUCACAGGGUACAUUAUGAGAAAUUUCACAUUAGACUUACAAGCUUUACUUUUAAAAUAAUUCUUAGGCAGCAUUGAGUUUAUUUAGUUUUUGAGAGAGGGUCUCAUUGUAUAGUACAGACAUUUCCAACCUGGAAUUCUGCCUCAAGGAUACAAUACUGCAUUGUAUUAAUAUAGUUAGAAUUGGCACUAAUUUUGUUUACUGAGUCUGCAUCCAAACAAAUGGAAAUAUUCCUCACCUGACAGCUUUUCUUUAAAAUAUUACAUUUAUUUAUUUGGGGUGGGGGUAUACAAAUGAUGUAUGUGAAGAUCAGAGGACAACUCGGGAACUGGCUUUCUUUUUCAUCUUGUGGGUUCUGGGAAUUGAACUCAGGUGUUUAGGCUUGGAGGUAAGCAUUUCUUUUACCUGCUGAGCCAACUUGCUGGCCCACAGAGUUAAAUUGGAUAUUUGAUAUGAAAAUACCUAAUGUUUUAGCAAAUUAGAAAGCAUAGUUCCAUAUGCCCUGGAAAUAGAUGCUUAUAUGUAUCUCAGAGAAUGGUGGUUAAUGUGGGAGGGACUUCUCUCUUGGAGUGUAACCAGGAAAAUCCAUCAUAGGCUUCACAGAGUCUUCGUUUGUCAGGAACUAAAGUAGCCCAUUUUACUAAUACCUAAUGCUUUAGCCAAUUCUCAGUGGGCAGUAUAUUAUUGUUCACUGUUGUCACGGUGAACAUGCUGUCUUGAUGCUGCUGAUGACAGAAAGUCUGCACUCUUGAAUAGCUAUUUCCUUCUCUCUCUUUAACCACUGGCAGCCACUGUGUUUAUUUCUGUGACUUCAAUUUAUUUUUUAGAUUCCAAGUGUGAGAUAAUGCAGAAUUUUGUCUUUUCUUUUUUGAGACAGGGUUUAUCUGAGUAGCCCUGACUGUCUUGAAAUUCACUUUGUCUGGUGUCUAACUCAUAUCCAUCUGUCUCUGCCUCCCAAAUGCUGUGAUUAAAGGUGUGCACCACCACUGCCUGGCUGUUUUGUUUGUUUUCAUGUGCUGGUUUUGCCUGCCUGAAUCUCUGUGUACCAGGUAUGUGCUUGUUGCACAAAAAGGUCAGAAGGCAUCAGGUCCUCUGGUACUAGAGUUAUAGUUAUAAGCCUCCAUGUGGUUGCGGGAACCCAUGUCCUCUGAAAGAGUAGUCAGUAUAGUGUAAUUGAAGCCAGACUAGUAUAAUUUUGAACUUUUUUUAAACUAGUACGGUUUGAAAGUGAAAUGUUCUCUACAAGCCUAUGUGUUUGUACAUGUGGUCUCCCCCAGCUGGUGCACUGUUUUAGAAGGGUGCAGGUAGGGGUGGCUCUUUGAAGGUUGUACCUGCCAACCAUUUUGGUUGACCUGUCCACUUCUGAUCUGCCAAGAUGUGAACAGUCUUCAUUACAAGCUCCUGCUGCUACAGAACCACUCCAGCUACCAUGCCUUUCCUGUCAUGAUAGAUUUUGCCCUCUGAAUCCAUGACUUCACAUCUUUCCUCCCUCAAAUAUUGCCUCUGUGGUACAGAACCCACAUAACAGGCAGUCAGACAAAUGUGUUAGAUUUUCUGGAAGCUAGAGUUACAGGAUGUUGUGAGCCUAUUAUUUUGGGUGCUGACAAUUAAACUUGAGUGCUCUGAACUGCUGAGCCAUCUCUCAGCCUCUCAAGUAUCGUUUUAUACACUUGUUGGCCAUUUGUGUUUCAGGAAAGUGUCUAGAUCCAUGUUUUGUCCUGUGUGUGUGUGUGUGUGUGUGUGUAUGUUUUGCACAUGUAUUAGAAACAGGGGCUCAUGUAUUCCAGACUGUUCUCAAACUUGACAUGUGGUCAAGAAUAACCUUGAACUUUCAUGCCUAUCUCUACCCCUACUGUACUGUGGUUCCUAGGGAGUGUAUGGUGUUGAGGACUGAACCUGGAACUUCAUGCAUGCUAGGCAAGAAUACUAUUUUUCUGAGCUACAUUCAGAUGUGUAUAAAGUGCACUUGACCAUAUUUAUAUACAUCUUUAUUUUGUUGGUCUCCUUCCCCUAAAGCCUUCAUCUUCUCUACUUUCAUGUCUUUAUAGAUUUUUUUUUUUUGGAUUCUGUGCAUGAGAGAAAAAUGUAUUUGUCAAUCUGGAUCUAACUUAUGCUUACUGUGCAUUUUAGUUCCAUCACUGUCCCUACAAGUUAAUUUUUUUCUUUAUGAUUAAAUAAAGCUCCAUUCUGUGUGUCA